UUCCGGUCUCUCGUCAGCUUUAAAUAAAAACUUUUUCAUUUGAAAUUGUUUGUCAGUCGUUUGAAUGCGUAUGCCGUCGCGAUAAAAUUAGCACAAUGAAGGCAUUGUUAGUAUUGUUGGCGAUAUUGUCGUUAUCCUCGACAUCGCAUUUGCAUGGCAAGCGACGAAAUAUUCCGAAUGACUUGUCUUGGUUGUUCUCGUUGGAGGAAGCUGAGGGAUCUGAAAAUGAAGUGGACAAUACGGAAAAUGAUAUUGUUGAACACAAAAAGGCGAAAGUUUGUAAGUCCGACGAAUGUCGCGCAAUAGCUAGUGCAUUCCACGAGACGAUAGACGAAUCUGUCAAUCCGUGUGAGAAUUUUUAUGAUUUCGCUUGUGGUGGAUGGGCAGCUAAGGAUCCUAUUCCAAAAUAUGAGGCAUCGUGGAGCAGAUUCUCGCAUUUUCAAUCGAUGGUGGAGAGUCGAAUUAGAGAGCUACUGGAGGAUGACUCCGAUGAUGAGAUCAACGAGAUUCUUCCCAUUCGACAGGCGAAGAAGUGGUACCGUUCCUGCAUGGACACAAAGGCUCGUGAGGCUAGAGGACUGAAGCCUAUCGAGUCAUUCGUCAUGGAGAAUGGUGGAUGGCCAAUGAUCAUGGAUGCCGAGGAAUGGCAUGAUGAUGACAUGUCCUGGCAAGAAGUUGAGGAUUUCUACGCACAUUUAACAGGGGACUACACAUUUUGGCAAAUAGACCCAAUCUCCAUGCCAGGUCAAGACCCCGAUAAAGGAUUGCUCUUCUUCCAGCCAUCAUUGCCAUUGAGUGAGAUGCUUCCUUCGAAAUACAGAAACUACACUGGAGAUGACUAUGAAAUAUAUCAACAUCUGGUAAAAGCUGUGGCUAGACUGUUUAUUGAACACACACGUGCUGAUGUUUCUGAAGAACAGCUGCAGAAGGACGUCGAGGGGAUCAUAAAGCUGGAGAAGGCUAUCUACAUGGCAGGCAAGCCAGAAAGUCCCCUUGAUAUACUGGAAGAACUUUUCGAGGAUGAUGACCUCGAGGAGACCGAUCUCGAGACCUUCGUCGAGUGGUGGCAUAAUCGCACACAAUCUAUUAAAGAUCCGCAGGCAAAUGUCGAUUGGUGGAAAAUUCUUCAACGAUUAUUCGAUCUUGCAAAUGUCAAAGUCAAUGGCAGCGUUCCCGUUGGCAUGGCGUCCUUGCGGUAUUAUCGUCGGCUGCCAAAAAUUCUGGAGUCAGUGGACAAACGAACGAUCGUGAAUUAUAUUCACUGGAAAUUCGUGAGUCGAACGCUGCCAUAUACGACUGAUGAGGUAACUGACGGGUUCUUUGAACUCGUCAAGGAAGAAUAUGGCGUGCAGGAACGACCGCCUCGUUGGAAGGAAUGUGUGCAAGCAGUGAAGAUGACAGAUGCGACUGGACUAUUAUUCAUCGCUAAAUACACCAAAGAAAAUUCUCACAAGGCUGUCCUCAGGAUGAUGAAGAACAUCCAGAAAGAAUUAAAAUGUCAGAUCGAGAGCUCCAAUUGGCUGUCCGAACAAGGAAAGAAACAAGCCAUUGAAAAAGUUAAUACGAUGCAAACAAUGGUGGGAUUCCCAGAUUGGUACAAGAAUGAAACAGCUGUUAUGAAUCAUUACAAAGGGCUGACGAUUGGAAAUGAAUAUUUGGACAAUGUAUUGAGCUAUAUGAGGUACGAAAAGAGGUUAGCAAUUCGUGCGUUCGGUGGAUACAAAGGAAAUGAGGCAUGGAUGAUGGACCCCGUGACUGUUAACGCAGCAUAUGCCAUGGAUAUAAAUAUAAUGGUGGUUCCGGCAGUUGAUUUCCAGCCGCCGCUUUUCGGCGAGAAAGUCCCCAAUUACGUCAAUUAUGCCACCGCUGGAGUGGUAAUUGGUCACGAGAUGGGUCACGGUUUGGAUUACGCUGGGCUACGUGUGAACGGCACGCAUUAUGCUUUUGUGGCUGAAAACUUUUACAAGCAAGCUAAAUGCUUCAUCGAUCAGUUCGAUGAAUUCUACGGAGGACAAACCUUCGCACCUCCAGAUAGUGACGAGAGUCCGGAGACCAGGGGGCAGCGAACUGUCCAGGAAAAUAUCGCCGACACCACCGGAAUCGAAGCUGUUUAUCGAGCGUACAGGAGAAUGCAGAAGAACAAAAGACAACGUGAAGAACUGAAGCUUCCAGGGUUCGAAAAAUACACCGACGAGCAAAUGUUCUUCAUAUCUUUCGCUGGGUUGUGGUGCGAGGUAUCAACUCCACAGUAUCACAAAAGGGAGGAUGUAUUGAGUGAUUCUCACAGCCCAGGGAAAUACCGAGUUCUGGGUUCAAUUUCGAAUACUCACGAAUUCGGAAAGAUUUUCAACUGUCCUGCAGGCAGUCCUAUGAAUCCUGACGACAAGUGCAGUGUUUGGAUAAAAGAGGAUGCAGUACACAAAAAGAAAGUCUCGAAUGAUAGAAACCCGAAGAGACGUCAUCGGUUCGAACACAGGAAUUGGUGAACCAGAUGAAAAACCUAUGCGAUUACCGUAUCUACACGGAAAAUUAUAUACGUAACACAUAUCACAGAAUAUAUAUGUAUUUCCCAACGCAAUGUGUGUUUAACGCAAAAAUGUAACUCAAAUAUAAUGUAAUUGAAAUAAAAAUGAAUGUUAUGUAAUUAUCAAAA